GGGGGCGGCGGCGGCCAUGGGGGCUCCCGCCUGGCGCUGGGCGCUGCGGGCCGCACGCGGCCCCGUGGGCGGCGGGAGAGCUGCCGCGGCGCCGCGGCGCCUCCCGGGCUGCGGGGCUGCCGCCUGCGCCGCUCCGCUGGCCGACGCCGCGUCCUCAAGCUCCAGGGAUGAGGCUCUAAGGGACAGACGCGCCCGGAUCCUGUCGCGCGGGCUGCCGAAACAGAAGCCCAUAGACGGAGUUAAGCAGGUGGUGGUCGUGGCUUCUGGAAAAGGGGGUGUCGGAAAAUCAACAACAGCAGUGAAUACAGCCCUUGCCCUAGCAGCAAAUGAUUCGACAAAAGAAGUUGGUUUACUUGAUGCAGACAUAUAUGGACCUUCAAUUCCAAAGAUGAUGAACUUAAAAGGAAACCCAGAAUUAACACCAAAAAAUCUAAUGAGGCCUCUUAAGAACUAUGGAAUCGCAUGCAUGUCUAUGGGUUUCUUGAUGGAAGAGACUGCGCCGGUUGUGUGGAGAGGGCUCAUGGUAAUGUCAGCUGUUGAGAAGCUGUUGAGACAGGUUGACUGGGGCCAACUGGACUAUUUAGUAAUUGACAUGCCACCUGGGACUGGAGAUGUACAGCUGUCAGUCUCGCAGAAUAUUCCGAUUGCAGGAGCUGUGAUCGUCUCCACUCCACAAGAUGUAGCUUUAUUGGAUGCAUGCAAAGGAGCUGAAAUGUUUAGGAAAGUCCAUGUGCCUGUUUUAGGACUGGUUCAAAAUAUGAGUGUUUUCCAGUGUCCGAAAUGUAAGCAUAAGACACACAUUUUUGGAGCUGAUGGUGUAAGAGAUCUAGCAAAAACCCUUGGAUUGGAUAUUUUAGGUGACAUUCCACUGCAUGUUAAUAUACGGGAGACGUGUGAUUCAGGACAGCCUGUUGUGGUCUCACAGCCUCAGAGUGAUGCCGCUAAAGCCUAUCUAAAGAUAGCUAUGGAAAUAGUAAGACGACUGCCAGUACCUCCUGUUUGAAGUGUUUAUCACUGAAACUUAGCAAAAAAGCAAUCUUUUGGUGCUACCAAUGCAGAAGAGUCCUGCUGCCUAAAUACAUGGAUGCUAUAUUUUACUUCUAAGUUCUUUGUUAGGUGUAAAUUUACCAGAGGUUAAGUUAUGAUUGAGGUAUUUACUGUUUUUCAAAUUGCUGUUUUGCCAAGUCCAAAUGGAUUGAGGUAUGCAAGAGAUGAUGGACAAUAUAUAACUGCUGUCUUAUAACAUCAUCAGGCAAGAAAGGAUGAAGCACAUUUUUCAUGUGUCCCAUUUUAAGGUGAAGAAUGAAAAGAACCACUCCAGCCAAGCACAGUGAUGAGAGGGAUGCCAAGGCAUAAAUCCUGCUUUAAAAAUUACAUUUGCAAUACCUUGAUUUCUGUCAAUUUUGGUUCAACAUUUUACUUGGUUGACUACCAAGCUGACCUUAAGUUCUGCAAAAUUUUAAGAAGUAAUUUUAGUUAUGUAACUGCAAUAUUUUUCUGUAUUCAUCUUAGAAGAAAAAUAAAAAUUGCAUAUGCUUGGAAGAGUUCUUGUGAUGAAUCAUGAGCAUAUUAAUUCAUUAUUGGAUAAUCUUCAAUCAUGAAGCAAUUCACAGUUUAGUGGAAAAUAGAUUAGAUGACCCUAAGGCUUAUUUCUUGACUGCUUUGCAUUAUAAUGGACCCCAACAGAAGACUAGGUAACUAAGGUCUUCAGUGAAGGCCAGAUGUUGUGCCUGAGUUCAGUUUACCAAGAGAUACUAAUAAUAAAACCUAAAUUUAUUAUUGUGUAUUCCUAUGUCAGUGCAGCAACUUGGAAUUUGAUUAUAAAAAUGUAUUUUUCAAGUAAAGAAAACUUUGAUCAUCAAAA